AUGGACCAUGCACGGAUUCUCAAUUUUCUAAACUCUUUAUAGAAUCAGGAGAGUACUUAAUAGAGUGAUCAUACUCAAUCCUCGUAGGAAUCAUUGAAGAGCUUAUAUGAGAAGAUCACAAAGGAGUAUUCAUUGCAAAGAGCUCGAGUAAGAAAUGAUGAAAUUAAACAUCUUAGACUCUGAGCAGAGAAGAAAGGUUGGCGAAUCAUCUGACAUCCAAUUCUCUCUCCUACGGGGAAAUUGUAAGUAAUAUGCUUUAACUCUAAAGGAAUUUAAAUCCUUAUCCAUGGUCUUUCAAUAUGUAUCGCCAAAGAAAGGGGGAGUCUUCUAUGAUUUGGGUAGUGGCAUUGGUAAAGGAGUGAUAGCUGCAUCAUUAAUGCAUCAAUUCGAUAUUUGUAAGGGCAUUGAAUGUCUGCAUUCUUUGCAUGAGCAGGCCUGCAAUUUGAAGGAGGAAGUAGAGAAGCAGAAAUGUCUUAUAGAAUAGGAGAUGGAAUAGAUUGGCGUCUAUGAUUAUUAAUUGCCCAAAAUUGAGUUCAUCAAUGGAGAUGUCAGAGAAGUAUUGUUUCAUAUACGAAAUCAAGUUAGAUUGGACUGAUGGCACCUUCUUAUUUGCUUCAACUACUUGUUUCGAUCCGGAUCUGAUGAAGCAGCUGAGCAAAAAGGCUGCAGAUUUGAAGGAGGGAUCCUACUUCAUUACUGUUACUAAAACACUCGAUCCUUAGACUGGCUGGGAUCUUGUUAAAUCUAUUAAAGUGCAAUUGUCAUGGGGGUUGGCUACUAUUCACAUUUAACAAAAGAAAAUGAUUUAGGUUUAACAAUAAUAAAUAUAAUUAUGAAAUAAUCUCAUUCUAAAAAGAAUCUAACAAGCAGUCUUUAUAUUGCCAACAAUCAACACACUGAAUUAAUCGAUUAUCUCAAACAAGAAAAUAAACAAUUAACUGAGUAAUUGAAUGAAUUGAAGGGCUUGCUCUAAUUAAAUAAGAAGGCAUUGAGAAUCAUGACACCUCAAAAUAACGAUGAAUAAAAUAAAGCUUUAUUGAUGGUUAUGAAAAAUUUGUAAGAAGAAAAUGCCAAAUUGCANACUACAACAGAAAGAGCAUAUUCUUUGUUAUUAUUUAGUUAAUUUUAGGUGACAAAAAAGUUAAGCUAUGUAUCAAUAAAGUCUAUUUCAUAAUUAGAGUAAUUGAGGAGGAUGAUUACAGAUUUGCUUUUUUCAAGAAAGUAUGUCAGGAACAGAGAUGUCAGGUUGGCAAUUGAUAAUCCUGAUGUCAGUAUCAUGAAACCACCAUUUGGGAAGGAUUUAAUGGAGUCAACUACAUUAUGGGUAAUUUUGGACCAGAUUUCUCGAUUCAUGUAUUUAAUUUAUUAAUUAAAGACUUGA